AUGUCAAGGAAUCAGACGUGGAACUUGUUAAAUAGUUUCCUGAACUCUAUCAGAACAGGAACAUUGGCUACUGGGAGUGUUCCCUCAGAAAUCAUAGAAAAAGAAUGAAAAAAGUUACUUGAACUCCUCCAACAAGAUCCUGAUUGUAUCUUAGAUACAUUAACCUCUCAGAGGCUAAUUUCUGAGGAAGAGUAUGAGAUUCUGGAGAAUAUUACAGAUCCCAUGAAGAAAAGUUGGAAGCUAUUAAUUUUGGUACAGAAAAAGGGAGAAGUAAGCGGUCAGCUUUUUGUCAACUCCCUACUUAGUACUUUUUCAGAGUCAGCUACCAUUUGGGACUUAAAUCACGAACUUUUAAAACAUGAGUAUAUAGAGCCACCGCAACCUGUGGGGGUAAGCAGGGAAGGAUUUUUUAUUCUUGGAGAGAAAGAGCCUGAGAAUCCUGAGAUCACCAUGUCCUUCAAAGAGAAAGAACACUUGGAUUUGGAAACCUCUGAGUCUUUCACGGACAAGAAGGCUGGUUAUCGGGAAACUGCUUGGUCCUCAAGGGAAAAUGAGAAGGAAUACAACACACCAAAAUUCACAUCUCUGCAAUUGGUUGAGAAUGUUGAAUGUGAAUUUCCAGCAACUAUUGAGUAUUUACAGGAUGAACAGAGAUAUGAGGAGCCAGAUGAUUCUUUACUCUUAGGAAAAGAGGAAUAUCUAGAAUCUGUUGGGUACUCUGAAGAUGCAGACACCCCGGAAGAGGAUGCUUAUGAUGACCCAGAGUGCAUUAUCUAUGACAGCAAAGAGGACUCUUUGUAUUCUGAAACCAUGGAGUUCUCUGAUGAAGAACAGAAUUAUGAGGAUUCAGAAACUGGCAUGUCAUUGGAGGAGGAAGAGGAGAAAAGUAUGGAAGAGAGAAAAAAACUGUUUAAAGAUGUCCUGUCCUGUUUAAACCCGGAUACAAACAGAAAGCUUCUGCCAGAUUUCGUUAAACAAUUCUUCUUAGACUGAGGAUGUAGGUGGGUGACUGAGACUCCAGGUGACUUAGCCUGGAACUUCCUGAUGAAAGUUCAAGCACUGGAUAUGACAGUCAGAGAUUCAGUCCUCAGACACAGGUUCUGGGGAAGCCCCAGCAAAGGGGAAUUUUUGACUGGAGUAGAGAAUUUGGAAAUUAGACAAACAGAAACCAUUAAUUCCCUUCAUGUCCUUUGUGCCUCUGUGCUGUAUUCAGAUAGCUCUUUGCGACGUGAAGUCAUGUCAAACACGUAUCAGUGCCAGUUUGCCCUCUUGCUACUGCCAGAUGCAGAAAAGCACAAAAGCAUUUUAAUGCUGGGGGCCAUUAAGGACAUUGUGAAGGAGCAGUCAAUGCAGUCUUCAGGGAGGCCUACAGGGGAUACAGAAAAUGUAUGUCUGUGGAGGACAUUGCACCCCUGGACAGGGAGUUGGGGAUACAGAGAGACCACGACUUUGAGAACAUGCAGGGGAUUCAAGUUUCCCCUACUGAAAACUUGGCUGGAACAGCUGAAGAUGAGGGACCACAAAGACACAGUCAGCCAAAAAGCUCAUCUGAAAGCCCCGCUUAGAUGUCAGUAAGAGAGGCUGAGGCUAGAUGUGAGAUCAGCCCAAAUCUUCAGAAUUUCCAUCUCACCCCAGUAUUCAUGCCUCUUCUG